GCGAAUCCUUCGGAAGGAAAACUCACCUCAUCCUUCGAAGCGAUUUCGAACUAUGAGAAUCCCUCAAUGUCUCAUUACUACAUCGUCAUUGAAGCUCAGGCCUGGGCGAGGCCCGAGUGGUGGCUGGUUCAGAUGAUUAAUAGGCAUUCAGAGAGCUCGUCUAUAAUUACUCGCCUCGAGCCUCAGACUUCGGGGUUAGCACCAACGACAAGUCAAGCGCCAUCAGUCUCCCAAGAUGUCGAUAGCCAGCCUUUCCCGGUUCAGCGCGCUCCUGGCGGCUGCUAGUUGCAUCAGCUUGGGCUAUGCGACGCCGGUUGACACCUCCGUCUCCGCUGCCACGAGCUCUCUUUGCUGCCAAAGUCUCUCAGCGUCAUUGUCGGCCAAGCUGUCUUAUCCGAGCAGCGCGGCCUAUGCUGAUUCGCUGUCUUCGUACUGGACCCAGCAGGGACAGCUGAUCACCCCGGCGUGCAUCCUGACGCCGACAUCAGCUCGGGAUGUCUCGGUGGCGGUCAGCAUCCUCGCCCGCGGCUCUUGCCAGUUUGCCGUACGCAGCGGUGGUCACACAUCCGUGACCGGAGCGUCCAAUAUCCAGGACGGUGUUACCAUCGAUCUCCGUUCGCUUGACGCCACCACGCUCAGCUCUGAUAAGUCUCUGGUGUCCGUCGGAGCCGGACAACGUCUGGGCAACCUCUACUCGAUCUUGCACGAGCAGGGGCUCUCCAUCCCCGGAGCACGAGCGGCUGGUAUCGGCGCGUCUGGCUCCACGCUGGGUGGUGGUCUCGGGUUUAUCAACCCGUCGCAAGGGUUUGCGGCCGACUCUGUUGUCGAGUUUGAGAUUGUCACCGCCGACGGAAAGAUCCGUCGAGCCAACAAGAAGGAGAAUAGCGACCUGUGGCGGGCGCUGAAGGGCGGUGGCAACAACUUCGGCGUCGUCACUCAAAUCGUGUUCCAGACAUUCCCCGUGAAGGAUGUUUGGGGCGGGAACGCUGCGUACCUGCCAGCCACUGGUGUCAACGGCGUUGCAAAGGCCUUCGCUGAUUUCACGGCUGACCCCAACUAUGACCCCAACGCCAGUCUUCUGGUGACCUACUAUUUCACCCAGGGGUUCACGCAGAUCGCCAACCUGUACGUCUACGCUGCCCCCACCGAAAACCCAGCUGCGUUCGGCGUCUUCUACCCCCUUGAGGGUCAGCUUGGGAACCAGACGUCCAUCACGACCGUCCCAGCUCUCUCCGCUGCAUCGGAAGCGCAAUCUCCUCACGGCCUGCAGCAAAUCACCUUUGCGGUGACGUUUGUGAACAGCGCCGAGAUUCUCCUAGAUCUAUGGACAAUCUUUGAAGCCAGUAUCGCCGGAGUCCAGAGUCUCGAGAGAAUCUCGUGGGCGCUUACCUUCGAGCCUGUCGUCCAGUCCAUCAUUGACCGGACGAAGGCUACUGGAGGGAAUGUUCUGGGCCUCGAGGUACUACCUCCCCAGGGACUCACGUUGGGAUUUUUGUCUGCGAGCUUCGCGAAAGCUGAGGACUACCCGGCUGUGAGUGCCGCGGCCGACAAGCUCCUAGCCAGCGUCAUCUCUGCCACCAAGAAGCGUGGGGCCUACCACCCAUAUAUCGACCUGAACCAUGCAAAGGCUUCGCAGCAGCCUUUCAAGGGCUACGGAUCCGCCAACUACGAGUUCCUGAAGUCGACAGCGAAGAAGUACGAUCCCGGGCGCGUGUUUCAGACUCUAGUCCCCGGCGGCUUCAAGCUGUAAUCGGCUCCAAGAUGCAAUACCAAGUAGGCAAUUGCGCGAGAGUCUUGGAAUGUCCGGCGAGUGUUCCGUCCUGCGAAUCCCCGCGAAAGGGAAAGAGCACAAUUCCGUUGGAAGCGUAUUCCUACUGUCAGAGUGAUAGUGUAUAACAUGAGGUUUCCGGGCCCUCCGUAGAAUUAUAAAAAAGGCCCUGAAUUGCGAUAGAAGAUGAAUUUCGAUAGAAGAUCCUAAGCCCCUAUGCUGCCCGUCAGUGUGUGGCUUCGUUAAUAUCCCCUGUCCUG